AACCGCGCAGCAUUGUUCUGUUACCGCGGAGUAAGUGUGUAAAAGCUGCUGUCCGUGCAGAUUCGCAGUUCAGUGUCUGCGUUAUCGUCAGCAGCUGGUUCGGGUUGACGAGUUCCUCUGUUUUCUGUUUGGGUUUUUUGCAGCGUCGUGAUUUUUGCGUUGCAUUCCUCUUGACAGUACAGCGGCUGCAGAAGCACAGUAAACUAGACAAAGUGCAGGAGCCGGUACUGCUGCAGGAAACAGUAACAGAGUAACUGUUCGGCAAAGGGGUUUGGUUUUUUGGGAGCAUUCAUUGUAGCACAUAGUGAAAAUGUCAAUAUCAAGGUCGAAGCUGGCUGCAGGUCUAGGGGUGGCAGGGCUGAUGACGGCUGUCUUUGGCACUGUGCUGGUGUUCGUCGGACCACUCAUUGUAGACCAGCAAAUCGUCAAGAAUGUGCAGAUAAACCCCCACAGCGGCAUGCCUUACACCAUGUGGAAAGACGUGCCUGUGCCUUUCUUCAUGUCUGUCUACUUCUUUGAGGUCCUCAAUUCCAACGAGAUUCUUCAGGGGGAAAAGCCUGUGGUGAGACAGAAGGGUCCCUAUGUGUACAGGGAAUUCCGUCAGAAAGACAACAUAACAUUCCACGACAACAACACUGUGUCGUACAGAGAGUACCGGCAGUAUCACUUCUUCAGGAACAUGUCCAUAGGAGACGAGACCGACAUCGUUGUCAUCCCCAACAUGCUGGUGUUGGGAGCUGCUGUGAUGAUGGAGGACCUGCCCUACGCGAUGAAGCUGGUCUUGAGCGCGGCUUUCAAAACGUUCAACGAGACGUCCUUCCUGAGGCGGAGCGUGGGGGAGCUGAUGUGGGGGUACGAAGACCCCCUGGUCGACUUUCUCAACAACUUCUUCCCAGGCAUGAUCCCCUUCAAGGGCAAGUUCGGGCUGUUCGCUGACUUCAACAACUCCAACACCGGACUCUUCACAGUGCAUACAGGUGUGGACAACAUCAGGAAGGUUCACAUGGUGGAUUCAUGGAACGGGUUAAAAAAGGUAAAUUACUGGAAUUCAGAGCAGUGCAACAAGAUCAAUGGGACUGCAGGACAGAUGUGGCCUCCUUUCAUGACCCCAGAAACCACUCUGCCUUUCUACAGCCCGGACGCCUGCAGAUCGAUGGAGCUGGUGUACGAGAGAUCCGGGGAGAUGCUGGGCAUCCCCACAUACCGCUUCGUGGCUCCGAAGACCAUGUUUGCUAACGGGUCGGUGUACCCCCCCAACGAGGGCUUCUGCCCCUGUAGAGAGUCUGGCAUCCAGAACGUCAGCAGCUGCCGGUUCAACUCCCCUGUUUUUAUCUCCCACCCUCAUUUCUACAACGCGGACCCCGUGCUGCUGCAGACGGUGGAUGGCUUGCACCCCAAUGAGGAGGAGCAUGGGCUGUUCAUCGAUAUCCACCCGAAAACUGGUAUUCCAAUGAACUGCUCCAUCAGACUGCAGCUGAGUCUGUACAUCAAACAAGUAUCUGGCAUAUCGGAGACUGGAAGGAUCAGUCCGGUGGUCAUGCCUAUGAUCUGGUUUGCGGAGAGCGGGUACAUCGACGGGCCCAUCUUGGACACGUUCUAUAACAACCUGGUGCUGCUUCCCUCUGUCCUGGACUACAUGCAGUACGUCUUCAUCGCACUGGGAGGGCUGAUGCUCGUCGCUGCCGUGUUCCUGGGGAUAUGUAACAAGGACAAACCCUAUAAUAGUCAUAUAAACAGCAGAGGUGCAAACGAGCUCAAACAGGUCGAAUCUGAGAAAACUAGUGUGAAGAAAGAGCACAGGAAAGUGAUACAGGAAGCCCAUCUCUAGGUGGGUAGCAGGUUUGCAAAAGAAACAUCCCUGGAGAACUGACCCGAGACGAAAACACUUCUACUGCAGAGAGGACUCCCCUAUUGAACUAACCUAUCAAUGCUAAUCUACAAUCCGCCUGGAAAUAGCAAGCGCCCCUGCUGCUGUCUGGGCUGAAUGAUCUCACGCACGCACACGCACACACGUUCUCUGGACUCACCUCAAACUGCUUCAGCAGUCCUGCAGUAACGCUCCAGUCCACUCUGUGUUUAGGGUUACAGGAGACUAAAGGAUGUGUGUAUCUGUGUGUGAAGGAGCACACACAACAUGGAUUCAAGCAGAAUUCAACACGUUUCCUUUAUUGAUUCCAAUAAUCAACAGUCACAUUUUUACAGCUUUAUCAUGAUCAUUAUACACAAUAAUGAGGUCACUAGCGAUUCACAGAAAUGAAGCAAUAAUUCGUUACCAGCUUGUGGAAGAAAGCAGCGGACACGGCGCUGGUGUGUGUUCACAGACGAUCUUCAUUGCUUCUCGAAUGCCUGCUCUUUAUACAGUAUCCUUGCAUGCAAAGUGAAUUGCUGGCUUAUCUCUGUGUGUCAGAAAUGUCCUGCUUGCACCAGACGAGGUGAGCUCAGUUCUAUUGCCCCUUUCUCAGGCAAUAAAACGUUGUUUCCCUGAUAGCAGCAUACUUUGCACAGCUGCACUCACAGUCCUAGGUUUGUACUUCUAAUCUUUACACUAAUAGAACAGAAAUGGGUUAUUAUUAUUAUUAUUUAUUAGGAACUACAAAAUAUUUUCUUGUUGGUAUGGUAUGCUUUGAAAGUUUAAAUAAUGGUUUUAGCCAUGUAACAACAUACCUUAGUUAUAAUAUAAUGGUAUGCAUCUUAAUUAAAAGUAGAAUUCAUUGGGAUUGGUAUUUUAAAAGGAGGUUUGCUUCCUGACUCACAAAGCUACUCGCUGUAAUCAAGUUCUGUAACGAGGCACUGCAAGUUGUGUAAAGAUAAAUUUCUGCUGCUUCAAACAGACCUGAACUGUAUCAGAAGCAUUGGUUAGUUCUCUCAAGACGUAGCGACACUCCAUGCGUGCAAACCUGAUGUGCGAGGUGGGUGUUAAACUCAUUUCUAAGGUUUUAUUUGUGUUAUUACGAGGGUAUGUUGCCAGUACUGGAAAAAGUCAACUUUACCGCUGGUCUAUAACCAUGCAAGCUUGUGGUCUGAUGAACAUACAGCUCUGGCCCAAAUGUUUUGCAUCACCCUAUAGAAUUCAUUCAUUUUGCUUCACAAAGUCGAAUGAAACCUGCUGAAUAAUGUUACGUUAACAUAUUCAAUUACAUGCCGCUUUGUAGUUUUCUGUAAAACUGACCAAAAAAAAAGUGACAUUUUGAAAUCUAACAUGAAAAGCUGUACAACUAUUAUGGCUUCCAGUAGACUUUUGUGAUGCAAUGUGUAGUUUCUUUGAUUACAUGAUGUUAAAUAAAACAUCUAAAUAAUGUUCUCAUAUAUAUAUAUAUAAAGGUUUUGGCUGCAGCUGCAGUUUAAGGUGCCUCCACUUGUCCGGUCAGGCUCUCUGCGAGUGAUGUCUUUGAUGCACAUUUCUUUACACUUUUCUAUGUCCGUAAUGUGUGGCUGCAGCUGAAAACUGCAGUACAAACCAAAAAGAACAACAACUCUAGUUGACAGAUUAUUUUUUGUGUGUUGGGGUACAAUAAAAUGUGUUUUUUUUUUUUUUAUGUCACUAUGUUUAUGCACAUGUGUUUGAUCAGGGGAUUCAAAAGUGAUACCAACCGAUUUUAAAAUCAGCCCCUUUUGAUAUCAAUAUCAUGCGGAUCCGAGACAAACAUUUUGAGUCUGUCUUUUUUUUAGCCAUGCUACAGUUAACAGAAAUGUGGAUCCUAGGGUUUAAAAUGAAGUAAUACUAAAACUGCUUUGUUGCACAGGAGACACUGUUCUGCCAUCGUCUUUCACAGGGGCUCGAGAGCGGGGAAGUGUUUUUGUAAUUGUACAAGGUCUUGGGUGGUUUUUAAAGUACUGUUUUUUGUAAACUUUCUCAGAAUUAAAAAAUCACAAUUAAAACAACUCAAUGAAACUCAA